CUAAGCUUCAGGCAUAUAUAAAUAGCUAUCACCUGCCGAUUAUUUGUAAUCAUCAUAACGCACCAAAUAAAGCUCUCAACUUCUUUGUGAAAGCUUCAACCUUUUUCUGCAAAUCUCAUCACUUUUGAGAACUCAAGAUUUAUUUAUUUAUUAAUUAAUUCACAAGUUGUUAAUGGCUCUAGCUAAAGAGAUUAUGGGUUCUCGUCUGAUCUUUGAGAGAUCAUCACUCGCGUCGUCUUCUUCUCCGUUUCAGUCGCGUUUAUCCAUCAAGAAGAGGACGCAGAGAACGCAAUUCUCGAUCAACCCUUUUGACCCGAGACCGAUGAGAGCCGCUGUCUCCGGAAGCGUCGUGGCGGCGAUCAGCGAGGAUUUGGUCAAAACGCUGCGUAUUAGCACUGUCGGUAGGAAUCAAGAAAAGAAGGAGAAGGAGGAAGAGGAGAAGGCGGUGAAGUUUAAGGUGAGAGCGGUUGCGACGGUGAGGAACAAGAACAAGCAAGAUUUUAAAGAGACUCUGGUUAAGCAUUUGGAUGCUUUUACUGAUAAAAUCGGUAGAAAUGUCGUCUUGGAGCUUAUCAGCACUCAAGUUGAUCCAAAAACGAAUGAGCCGAAGAAGAGUAAAGCGGCGGUAUUAAAAGAUUGGUCAAAGAAAUCGAAUUCAAAAGCGGAGAAAGUCCAUUACACGGCGGAGUUCACGGUGGAUUCCGCCUUCGGUUCGCCGGGAGCCAUCACGGUGACGAACAAACAUCAAAAAGAGUUCUUCCUUGAGAGCAUCACCAUCGAAGGUUUCGCAUGUGGCCCUGUUCAUUUCCCUUGUAACUCAUGGGUCCAAUCCCAAAAGGACCACCCAUCAAAACGAAUUUUCUUCACUAAUCAGCCUUAUUUGCCGAGCGAGACACCGUCCGGUCUAAGGACACUAAGGGAGAAAGAGUUGGAGAAUCUAAGAGGAAAUGGUGAAGGAGAAAGAAAAUUAUCAGACAGAAUCUACGACUAUGAUGUCUACAACGACAUAGGAAAUCCCGACAUAUCACCGGAACUAGCCCGUCCGACAUUUGGCGGUCGUGAGUUUCCUUACCCUAGACGCUGUCGAACCGGCCGGUCUUCCACAGAUACAGAUCUAAUGUCCGAGAGACGAGUAGAGAAACCAUUACCGAUGUAUGUGCCACGAGAUGAGCAGUUCGAGGAGUCUAAGCAGGACACUUUUGCUGCGUGUAGGCUUAAGGCGGUCUUACAUAACCUAAUACCUUCGCUAAAAGCCAGCAUUUUGGCUGAAGACUUUGCUAACUUUGGUGAGAUAGAUAGUCUUUACAAAGAAGGCUUGCUUCUCAAGUUAGGGAUUCAAGAUGAUAUGUUCAAGAAGUUCCCUUUGCCUAAGAUCGUCACUACUCUCCAAAAAUCUAGCGAAGGGUUACUCAGAUACGAUACUCCCAAAAUAGUUUCAAAGGAUAAAUACGCAUGGCUUCGUGAUGACGAGUUCGCACGCCAAGCCAUAGCUGGAAUCAACCCAGUCAACAUAGAACGAGUCACGGCUUAUCCACCGGUCAGCAAUCUUGACCCCGAGAUCUAUGGUUCAGACUUACACUCCGCUCUCACCGAAGACCACAUCAUCGGUCACCUUGACGGCUUGUCCGUGCAACAAGCGGUAGAGACGAACCGAUUGUUUAUGGUGGACUACCACGACAUAUACUUACCAUUUCUAGACCGAAUCAAUGCGUUGGAUGGACGCAAGGCUUACGCAACUCGAACCAUAUUCUUCUUGACUCGUCUCGGUACACUCAAACCUAUAGCCAUCGAGCUAAGCCUCCCUCCUCAAUCAGGCCCUAACCGAAAGUCCAAGCGCGUGGUUACACCUCCUGUAGACGCAACCUCCAACUGGACUUGGCAGCUCGCAAAGGCCCACGUCGGGUCCAAUGACGCUGGCGUCCACCAGCUUGUCAACCACUGGCUACGCACUCAUGCGUGUUUGGAGCCGUUUAUAUUGGCUGCUCAUAGACAACUGAGCGCUCUGCAUCCUAUAUUCAAGUUGUUGGAUCCUCACAUGAGAUACACUUUGGAGAUCAAUGCCGUGGCUCGACAAACUUUGGUUAGUGCGGACGGUGUGAUCGAGUCAUGUUUCACGGCGGGCCAAUACGGUCUGGAGAUUAGCGCCGCUGCUUACAAGAAUCGAUGGCGGUUCGAUAUGGAAGGUCUCCCUGCUGAUCUCAUCCGAAGGGGAAUGGCUGUUCCGGACCCAACACAACCACAUGGACUAAAACUACUUGUCGAGGAUUACCCAUACGCCAACGAUGGUCUCUUACUAUGGUCCGCCAUCCAAACCUGGGUCCGAACCUACGUGGAGCGUUAUUACCCUAACCCGAACCUAAUCCGAACCGACACAGAGCUCCAAGCCUGGUACUCCGAGUCGAUCAACGUAGGUCACGCUGACCACCGCGACGCUGAGUGGUGGCCGGAGCUUUCCACCGUGGAUGACCUCGUCUCCGUCAUAACCACCAUAGUCUGGCUCGCCUCAGCACAACACGCUGCUCUCAAUUUCGGUCAGUAUCCGUACGGCGGCUACGUCCCGAAUCGACCGCCGUUGAUGCGACGGUUGAUUCCCGACGAGUCAGAUCCCGAGUUCGCGAAGAGAACCUAUGAACUUAACCAAAACCAAAUCAUAAACCGAAGGCCGUUAAACUUGACGGCGGCCGUCCCGUUUCGUCUUUCUCUGUUUUCUCUGUUCUCAGGAAGUCCUGGUUCUGUUAACUCGGAUGUGACUCGUUGCUCUGAGUUAAUUCGAGUGCCGAGUUUAGUCGAAGGAUGCGAUUACAAGCACUGGCUGGUGCUCAUGAAGUCUCCCAAGGGAUACCCACCUCGAAACGACAUCGUCCGAGGCUUUAUCAAAACCUUAGCCAUGGCUCUAGGGAGGGUUCAUGAACCUUUGACUUACAAGAUAAGAUCUCUGCCUGAUGUUAAAUGGGUUCUACCAGAUUCAUUUAUAGUCGAUGGUGACAGUGGAUAUGGAGGAGAACCAUUCAUCGAUGGGGAAGUUGUCCCAUAUGAUGAGAAGUACCAUGCGGACUGGCUACGAGAUCAAACUGACGACGAUGCUAAAAACCGAGUGUUCAAAAAGAAGCCUAGGAGAAAAAGAAAGAAGAAGUUGAACUAAUUGGAGAUACAUUUAGUUGCAAGUCUUUUUGCUUCAGUGUGUAGCUAGCUACUCAAGCCUGAGGAUUAAUCCUGAAUGAGUCUUCUAGUGUUACAACUUACUACCAUUAGCUAUUGUAAAGAGCCUUAGGUGUAAUGGUAGCUGAAUGAAAUAUUCAAUCAACCCGAGAUAUAUUGAUUCAUUAUAAAUCUCUGUAUUGAUUCAUUAUAGUUCUCUGUAUUGAUUCACUUUACCGAUUCAUUAUAGUUCAGUUUUUGGUAGUGACAUGACAUCUAACCUGUUAGGUAAUGAAGUCUCCACAGAAAUAGACUAGUCCACCAAAUGGCUGCUUCUCUGUAUCCGUUUGUCAAAUCUGGACCAUGUAGAAAACUAGAGGAGACGAAAGCAAACGACGGAAGAGUUUUUCUACACGGCAUUGAGUGGGGUUUGGUGGGAUUAACAAGUUUUUCUUCGUAACCAAAGGUAUGUAAUCUAAUCUGGCUUCAUAUAGAUACUGUUUUUGUCUGAAUACUGGAACAUGCUUGCGUAUGUACCCAUAUUCUAAAACAUUGACUAGGGAACAAAAAGCUUUACACCAGUGAAAUUCUUUUGUUGGUGAAGUACAGUCAAUUUAGGAUUUGAUCUGGUGGCACAAAAAUCCAAGUAAUACUGUCCCUUUUGAACACGCAUACAAUUCAGACUUAUACAUCUGUGGUUAUCAAAAUUGAGAAAAAUUGACUCACUGCUAAAAUAUCUAUGUAGCUCACUUUUUAAGCUACGUUUCUAUCACAACACCUGCAGAAUUUCAUGGAAUCCUAUGCUAUUUUCAUUUAUCUAACACAGCCUUGUAUACUAUGGUUUCCUAAUAGUAUCUGUACUUGUAGAAAAAUUAAACAAUUUUUAAUCUUCAUUGCGAUUAAUUACUCUGCUGGGGUGUAUAAACUGGUUCCUAGACUCUUGUACAGAGUAGUGUCUGAAUAUACGGCACGAGACCUCAUUGUCUUGUGUUUACGUCUCUUCCUUCGACCUGCUCGAUGUCUUGGGCGGACUUUUGCCUCUUUCUCUGUUUCCUCUUUUGCAACUUUGACAUCAUCAUCCUUACAUUUGAUGUCAUGAUGAACCUCAUUUGCACUUGCUACUGGAACAAUAUACACAAACGGUCCGUUUUGGAUGUCUUUGAGGUCUAGAAUUGGCUCUAGGGUCUUGACCACAGCGGUCAUAGUGGGUCGUGACUUAGGGUUGUGGCUCAGGCACUGAUAAGCCAAAGCAGCUGCCUUUCUUAUGCCUUCAAGCGAGUAUCUCCCUUCGAGACUCGGGUCUAUGAUCCUUUCAAGCUUGUUGGGAUCCUUUAACAUUGGUCUCGCCCAUUCCACUAGGUUCCUCCCUCUCUGUGACCGGUACUUCUCCACUGCUUUUCUAGCUGUUAGCAUCUCCAGAAGCACCACCCCGAAACUGAACACGUCGCUCAUAGUCGUCAAGUGACCUGAAACGGACCAAGAAACAUGAACUCAAGGCCUUUGGCAGCACCAAGCAGAAUCUUCACUCUUGUUAACCAAGGCAAGGCUCCACCAUACUCUGCAUUGCACCAAAAUGUAAUCGUAUUAUUGCCUCGUUCCAUGUAUUCGUAAACUAGAAGCCUGUGAGCAUCUUCACAGCAGUAUCCGAUCAAGUUCACAAGAUGCGGAUGCUUCAACUGACCAAGGAUUAUAACUUCAGCCUGCAUAAUGUUAAAGAAACGUUUUUUCUUAGUUACUUUGAUCCCAUUUCUCAUAUGAGCUGACAUAUAAUUCAUCAAUAUGCAGAUGGAGUAAAGAAAUAUUACCAGCCACUCUCUAUGGCCUUGUCCACCUUCUGGUUUCAAGGCCUUGACAGCGACAGGCUGGGCUUUCAAACCAGUCCUGAAGCUAUCAUCAAGAAACCCUUUGUAGACUUCCCCAAAUCCUCCUUCACCGAGGUAAUUAUACUUUGAGAAGCCUUGUGUGAUUGUUUUGAGCUCUUCAUAGGUGAAUAUGUGAAUGUCUAUGAGAAAAGAGUUUGAGAAGUCGUUGAGUGAGAUGGUUGAAUUGCUGAAAUCGGACAAGUAGACUCUGCUUCGAACAGAGGUUUGUCUGGAGAGCAUAAGAAGUCUUUCCUUUGAUGGGUUUGUUACUGUCUUCUGGUUUGUGUUGUUGAUGCAGCUUAUGGGAAGACAUAUAUUCUUCCAAGAAAAUCUCAUUGGUUUCAUCUGAAAGAAUCUUUCCUCUCUCUCUCUCUCUGUGUUUCUUUCAGAAGAUUUUUUUUGUCUUUCUAUAUGGUUAAUGGUUUUCUUUCUCUAAAUAUAUAUAGGAGAUGAUGAAACUUCUUUGAAAAGGCCUAGUGAGGAAUUAGAUAGAGAGAGAGAGAGAGAGAGAGAGGUGAGAGAUUGGUGAAGAAGACUCAAAAAAGUAAGUCUGUAGUCUUGAAAAGACAUCUAAGGAGGCAUUAGCCACUAAACAUAAUCAAAUGUGAUUAUAAUAUGCAAAUGUGUAAGAUUUUUCUUACACUCGCUCUUUUCUUUAUUGUUUUUUCAAUUUCAAACCUUAAAAUUUUUGAAUUAGAAAGCUAUUCAUCAAGUAGCAUAAUUUCCUG